GCCGCAGACGCCUUCAUUUUAUGUUUUUGAAUAAUAGCCGGAGCUAGUGUGGCGGAGUGUAUCUGAGAGAUCUGCCCGGAGCUCGACCCCGCUCAAGUGCCCCGAAAAGGAGCCGCUUUUGGACCGAGUCGGCUUUAAAGGCGCUCUCCGUCGCUUCCAGAGAUAUGGGCUCAGAGCCACCCAGCUCUCCACAGGUAGUGGAGGACGGAGGCGAGGAGGAUGAGGAGGAGCUGAGCGGAGGGGAGGAGGCGGACCUGCGCUCCAGCUCGGGACGGGGCUCGCUGCUGACCCGGAGAGGGAUCACCCUGAGGGUGCUGCUCAAGGACGGCCUGGUGGAGCCGGGGGACGGCGUCCUAGCCAUCCACUACCUGGGGAAGAAUUUUGUAGGAGACCUGUUGAAUGAUGGGAAAAUCCGAUGGGUGGAGACAGGCCAGAUCUUCAACUCCCCCAGCGCCUGGGCGACACACUGCAAGCGCCUGGUCAACCCGGCCAAGAAGUCUGGCUGCGGCUGGGCGUCCGUACGCUACCGGGGACAGAAGCUGGUCCAGUACAAAACCACAUGGCUGCACAAGUACCAGCCCAGCGCAGACAUGAGCCUUGUGAGUGAGGAGGAUGAUGACGAAGACGAGGAAGAAGGGAAGACGGCUGUGCAGGCAGAUGAGAAGAACAAGAACACCAAACCUGGAUUAAGCGAUGUGAUGGUUUCACGGAGAUCAGACCGAGAGAGGAUUCCUGUCAGAUACUGCACCUUGGGCACCAGGGAUGCUGCCAGAGAUCCACACACACUAGUGGAGCUGUCUGCGUUCUCAGCCAUCAACAGAUUCCAGCCUUUCAACGUGGCCGUGUCCAGUAAUGUACUGCUGCUAAUGGACUUCCACUGUCACCUGACCUCCAGCGAGGUGGUGGGGUACCUCGGAGGACGAUGGGACACAAAUACACAACUGCUGACGGUGUUGAGGGCUUUCCCCUGUCGGACCAGGCUGGCAGACAGAGAGUCUGCUUCUGCUGUCGAGGAGGAGAUCUGUCAGAACCUGUUCAUGCGUGGGCUGUCGUUGGUGGGCUGGUACCACAGUCACCCGCGGGGUCCGGCCCUGCCGUCGCUGCAGGACAUCGACUCUCAGAUGGACCAUCAGCUCAGGCUGCAGGGCUCAAACAACGGCUUCCAGCCCUGUCUGGGCAUCAUCUGUGGUCCAUAUUAUCAUGGAAAUCAAGGCGUGGCAUCAACAAUAACUCCAUUCUGGGUCGUACCACCGCCUGAGCAACGACCCAACGACUACGGUAUCCCGGUGGCGGUGGAGGUCACCUACGUGCAGGACAACUUUCUCACCAGUGAUGUUUUAAACGAGAUGAUGCUGCUGGUCGAGUACUACAGGGCAGCUCCUGAUCUCGUCCAGUUCAACCAGUUCUGGUGUCCAGACACGACCAUGAUGGACAAGAUCAAGGGCUCCCUGAGUUGCCACGCCCCCAAAGACCAGGCCUACUCUCAGAUCUUAGAGCACGUCUACAGUCAGCUGAGCGCCAUGCACUGAGCGGAUCCUCUCUGUCGUGUCGCCGCUCUCCGUCUAAGGUUUUUUCCAUUUCAGACACAUUUGUCCCUGCCCGAGCUGACGGGGCUCCAGCAACACUCAGUGUUACAAUGUAAAACCCGCUUGAAAAACAUAGAGAUGCCUUGAACACGCUCAUGCUCGAGUGAUAAUUUUGAUACUGCAUCGAAGUUAAAACACAAUCCAGUGACUUAAGGGAAGUUUAAUCUGUGACGGCCGCUGCUGCUGGAGGUCGUUUUUUGCCACCGAUUAUCACACAAAUCAAACCAGAGCACACAAACGUUUCGUGAACCAGUAACUUCACAGGCAGACACUACAUACUGGAGCAGAACUCAGCCUCUGACCUGUUACACGUGGACCUAUGUGCCUGUCUGUGCCAGCAUCGUGUGCUGUCAGCGGAUACGUGCGAUGUAAACUUUGUAACUGCCUUUCUAAUCGAGCCCAAGGACUGGAACAGUAACAGCAAGUUGUGCGCGAAUAUACUACAGCACAACAGCAGCAUAGGCCAAGGUUUCUGUGUUCGACCUACACUGUACUCUGCAAUAUGUGAAUGUUUGCGUUCCUCAAGUCAGACUGAGCGGUUGUAUUGUGGUGCAAGUUAAUUUUUUUUUUACAUCCACUAGUCUAAUGAACCAGGUGUGUGUCCGUGCGUGUGUGUGCGUGCGCCGUGUUGUGAAUGUGCCUCUCUACUGUCUCCCUGUCAGGUUAUGUGAGAUGAGUCCCGUUGGUCAGGACACACAUCUGCUUCCUCUUUGUCUGUACUGUAUUUAUUACUACCUGUGCGUUGUGUGACAUACACGUAUGAAGACAGAGCAAUGCCUUAAGCCUGCUGAUUGAUGAUCCACAAAGCAUUAAAAUAUACACACUGGAACUAUUUAAA